CUUCGUCACUGACAUCACCAGCUUCUCUGGAAAGAACUUCGGUUUCGGCAGAAAGAAGAGAAAGGGAAAGAGCGGAAACGCAUCCAUCAAACCGUACAUUCAUACAUCCAUCAAUCGAUCAGUCAUGUUUCUUGUUGAUUGGUUCAGAGGGAUAUUGGCGUCUCUUGCUGUAUGGCGGAAGGAAGCUAAGAUAUUGUUCCUGGGUCUCGAUAAUGGCGGGAAGACUACUCUGCUCCGCAUGCUGACGGACGAGAGUCUGGGGCAGUAUCAGCGAACCCAACACCCGACAUCGGAGGAGCUGAGUAUUGGGAACAUAAAGUUCAAAGCUUUUGAUUUGGGCGGGCACGCAAUUGCUCGCAGAGUCUGGAAGGACUACUAUGCUCAGGUCCACGCUGUGGUAUACUUAGUCGACUCUUGUGACAGAGAGAGAUUUGCCGAGGCAAAGAAAGAGCUUGAUGCCCUUCUCUCUGAUGAUUCGUUGACGAAUGUCCCAUUCCUUAUCCUGGGCAACAAGAUUGAUAUCCUGAACGCCGCCUCAGAGAACGAGUUGCGAUACUUUCUCGGCCUGGCUGACUCCACCACAGGCAAGGGCCAGGUCAACCUCGAGGGCACCAACGUUCGCCCACUCGAAGUCUUCAUGUGCAGCAUUGUCCGGAAGAUGGGAUAUGGAGAAGGGUUCCAGUGGCUCUGUCAGUACAUCAAGUAAGGAGACUGAUAUUGAGGAUAUAGAGAUUUCACGGAUUUUGCUGCUUCCAUCUAUUAGGUUAAAGCUUCAUGUUCGUGUUAAGCUGGCUAAUCUCCAUUUGUUCAACCAGUUCCUCGCACAAUUUUGCCUCUUCUAAUUUACAAUGGAACAAUUUCUUCUUUUUGUAUAAGUAUACAACGAUACAAUUUAGCUUUGCCUUCUCGCUAUGUAUAGAGUAAUGUUCAACUUCUUCAUAUAAAAAAACAUCUCCAUAUCCCGAGUUUGAG